AUAUCCUUUUAUUUCUUUAUUUUUAGUGGGCGGUUUUAAGUUUUAACCAUCUAUUAAAUAUAUAUACCAACAUAAAGUAAAAAACUUUGGAAAAAAUCUCAUAUCCAGAACCCAAAAUCUCAUCUUUCCAUUAGAGCGCAGCUCUCAUUCUUCUCGAUUUUCUUUCACUUUGUUCGCCUCUUCGAUUAUCAAUUCCGCUCUCAGAUUCUUGAAGCAAGCGAAGUUCAAUUCUCCUCCCUACAUCAGAAGAAAACUCUGAUUCCCCAAAAUUAGGGUAAUCUCAAUCCCUAAAAGAUGCCGGCCACCGCAGGGAGGGUUCGAAUGCCCGCGAACAACCGGGUGCAUAGUAGCGCCGCCCUGCAAACCCACGGGAUUUGGCAAAGUGCAAUCGGGUAUGACCCUUAUGCUCCUAAUAAAGAUGAUUCAAAAAAUCCAUCGAGUCAGAUGACUGCCGCUGCUGAACCCGAUGGUGAAAACGCAUACGCUAGCUUUCAAGGGCUCCUAGCCCUUGCCCGGAUCACGGGUUCGAAUGCAGAUGAGGCUCGUGGAGCUUGUAAGAAGUGUGGGCGUGUUGGUCACCUUACUUUUCAGUGCAAGAAUUUCGUGAGUUUGAAGGAGAGUAAGGAGAAAGACCCUGAAGUGAUCCAGGCUGCGGUUUUGAAUGGACUUGAUAAGUUGAAAGGAGGGAAACUGAAUGGGAAAAAGGAGAUGGAGAGUGAAGAAGAGGAGGACGAGGAGAGUGAGAGUUCGGACUCUGAUGUGGAUUCGGACAUUGAGAGGAUUAUUGCUGAAAGAUCUGGGAAGAAGGUUUCUAGGAAAGGGAAGAAAUCAUUAAAGAAGAAGAAGAUGAGUGAUGAGGAUGAUAGCUCUGAAUCCGAUUAUGGGGAGAGAAAGAAAAAGAGAGGGAGGUCAAAGAAAAGGAGUAGUAGGAAGAGAGGAAUUAGUGAUUCUGAUGAUGAGGAUGAAGGUAGGAGGAAGAGGAGGAAAGAAAAGAGAAAGAAGAGGGAUGAUUCUUCGGACGAGGAUAAUGAUGACCAUCGUCGUCAUAGGAAAAGAAAGAGUAGGAAGGAGAAGAGGAGAAGGAGAAGUCAUAGGCAUUCUGAUGAUUCUGAAUCAUCGGACGUGUCUGAUGAUCCUGGUAAACGACAUAGGAGGAAGAGCCAAAGGCAUGAAUCCCUCUCUGAUUCUGAUGUUAGUGGUUCGGAUGAUUCUCGGGUUGGAAGGGGUGCAAAGAGGUCUGAGAAGAGGAGCAGGAAACGCCAUCACGAAGAUGAUGAGUAGAGGCUUGUUAGCUAAGUCGUUUUGCAGGGAUUUAGAAGAGGGGAUAUGAUGUUUGUGCUAGAAGAAGUUGAUGUCUUGGAGGAGAAGAUCAUAUAAGUUCUGUUAUGGUGUGAAAGAUCGCCAACAUAUUGUAGUACUCUUCUUUAGAGAGAAAAAAAAAGGUGUUAAAGAAUUCGCAGAGGUACUUUAUGUCUUGUGUUGAAUUGCCCUGUGAAUAAAGGUGAGGUGUUCAAUCUCACAUGUUGGGCAUCAGAUACUAAUGUAUAAGAUUGUGAUGGACAAUGUUUGUUCUUUGAAGUUGUUUCUAUUAAAUGUGGCCAUCUUUAUCCA